AUGUUGCUCACUUCAGCUCUCGGUAUCCUCGCUCUCUGUGGACACGUUGGCAACUCUGUCCUAGCGCAGACGCUCAAUGACCCAGAUGGGCUGGUCAACCUGCGGAAUCUCGCUCAAGAAAUAGAGAGAAGCGUGCCCGACAAUAAAUUCAGCACGGUCAAUCCAGCGACAAAGUCUAUCGACGAAGUCUAUGAUGUAGACGUUGAUUACGGCAAUUACUUUGAUGGAGAUCCAGCUCAUGCCCCAGAGCAAACCAGUACCAACGGUAGGAGACGGGCAAUUCUGUUUUCGAACUCAUCAGACUUUCGUAACUGGACGUGGGACCGGGAUCACAAAGUUCAUUUUGUCUGCCACUCUCAAGGUGGAAACACGGUGCGCUACCUCAUUAGUCUAAUGGCCCAGGGCGCGGGAACUCUGCAUCGCGCCUACUUUACGGAGGCAGGGAGAGAUGACUGGACUAUCUCCGUCACAACCCUGGGAACCCCUCACAGAGGAACGACUGUCGUAAAUGCCCUGGAGAGUUUCCUUUCUGACCUGGGUUACGAUCUUAUACUUCCUAGUCCAGGGAGAUACAUUCCACGAAAGGACGUCAUGCCACUAUUGCUACCGAGUGUCUACGCAAUGGGAAGCCAGGAGCUCACCUCGGCACAAAGGAAUAUCCUAGGCCCAAACCUGGGGGACUGGUACCAGAAUGACGGGAUCGUUAACACUGAGUCCAUGAGCGGCCCAGACAACUUCGUCAGAGGCAUCAACUCCCUACCGGAUUUCAACUUUAGCGUUGCCGAAAAGCGGGGAAUCUACUGGCACUUAGGCGUCAAUGAUCGAAUGGACCAUGCCGAUGAGAUUGGCGUGUUCAUCGAGCAGAGCACGGUAUGA